AUGGAUAUCUUCACCCCAUUUCUUGAUCAACUGUCAUCGGAAAACUCUUCCGUUGAGUCCUCUUCGGCUUCAGAUUGCAGCAGCAGUAGCACCACCACCAUCGGCGGUGUUGGAUAUGGAGAAGUGGAAGUGAUGCUGGCUUCAGAAAACCCAAAGAAGAGAGCAGGAAGGAAGAAGUUUAAGGAGACGCGACACCCGGUUUACCGGGGAAUAAGGAGGAGGAACUCCGGUAAGUGGAUUUGUGAGGUGAGAGAGCCUAACAAGAAAUCGAGGGUGUGGCUGGGGACGUAUGCCACCGCUGAAAUGGCAGCCAGGGCGCAUGAUGUGGCGGUUUUGGCCAUGAGAGGACGAUCGGCGUGUUUGAACUUUGCUGACUCUGUGUGGAGGUUGUCGGUACCGGAGUCUAGCAAUGUACAGGAUAUAAAGAAGGCGGCGGCUGAGGCGGCGGAGGCUUUUAAACCGAGAGAUGAUGUGGUGGUGGAGAUGGUGGAAACGAAGGAGGUGGAGGAAAUGGUGGUUUACAUGGAUGAAGAAGAGAUCUUUGGGAUGCCGGCGUUUCUUGCCAGCAUGGCGGAGGGAUUGAUGCUACCGCCACCUCAGACGGUGGGGUAUGGCAAUUAUAUAGAUGAUAACAUUGAAUUUUGUGUCGACUUGCCUUUAUGGAACUUUUAG